UUUGGCGAAUAUGCUUAAUGUUACACUUUAUAUCUGUUAAUUCAACUCCAUCCAACACCAGUAAAGUCUGUGUUAUAUUAUUCACACUAUAACUUAAUGGCUUUAAAUUGGAAUAGUACGAGUUAAAUAAUUAAAUUCUCUGAUAGGAACUGAAAAACUUUGUAUAGACAUAAACCGUGCACAGGAAUACACACACACGAGUCACUAGCGUAAAUCUGUAGCAGUUGUGACGCAGUCUGGCAAAUGUGGUGAUAUAUUUUGAAACUCCUACUACACGCGUUAAUCCUGCUGCGUGAGCUUGACACGGGUCCCUCUGUUUAUCGGGACGGUGUCGGACUGGAGGUGAAAAAGAAGAUUGCAACAUACCAGGGUGCAGAGGAGGAUCUGAGAAUCGGGCGGUAACAGUGAAAACGUAACAUUAGCAGCGGAAAGUUGAGUGUUAGUUCAGCGGAAGUGGAAGUUCUCGCAAAACUUCAAGAGUGCGCAACAGGUGUCAGCUUGUGUAUGGUGGCUGUGACUACGUGUUUGAAAGAUUUAGAGUGGUUUGGAUAGUGGGGAUAAAGCUUAUCGUCGGUUGAAAGAAGAGUAACAACAUGUCAAACCUCCGACCCAGAUUGUGUGUGCUGGAGAAAGGAUCCAGUGGCUACGGGUUCCACCUGCACGGAGAGAAGGGCAAGACCGGGCAGUUUAUCAGGCUGGUGGAGUCCGACACUCCCGCCUCCGUCGCCGGGCUGCUCGCUGGCGACCGCCUGGUGUUCGUGAACGGGGAGAGCGUGGAGGGCGAGAGCCAUCAGCAAGUGGUCGCCAGGAUACGGGCCACCGUCGGGGCUCUGGAGCUUAUCGUGGUGGAUGCCGAAACGGCCGAGCUGCUGACAAAACAUAACCUGCAGUGCCGGAAAGAAUUCGUCACGGAGGGGAUUCCCCUGCCCGGCGGUGACAGCGACUCAGACCGCGUAGAUGCACAGAGCAAUGGCACCCCGAGGGAGGGCACCCCUGCAUCCCAGUCCGAGAACGGGGAUGCUUCCUCGGAGAGGUCGGAGAGGUCGGAGAGGCUGAGUGUCAGCUCCAGCACCAAGGAGGAGCUAGGCGGGCUGCGGCCUCGUCUCUGCCACCUGAAGAAGGGGUCCAGCGGCUACGGCUUCAACCUGCACAGUGAGAAGUCCAAACCGGGUCAGUUCAUCCGAGCUGUGGACGAAGACUCUCCAGCACAGAGAUCAGGACUCAAACCACAGGACAAGAUAGUCCAGGUGAACGGUAUGUCAGUGAUCGGCCUGCAGCACUCAGAGGUUGUGGCGGCCAUCAAGUCCGGCGGAGACGAGACCAGACUGCUGGUGGUCGACGCUGAAACUGAGGAAUUCUUCAAGAAAUGUCACGUCGUGCCCACUGAGGACCACGUCACCGGGCCUCUUCCUGAGCCUGCAUCUGACAGAGCAUCAGAGGAGGAGGAGGCAGAGGCAGCAGAGAGGAAGCCCAAAGUGUCUGUGAGCUCGUCAGCUUCCAGUGCCUCCUCCGACGCCUCCCUGCCUGCAGCAACCAGCUGCUGCCCACCUGCACAGGUUGAGAAGGCCCCGGAGCCAGGGGCCGACAGCCUGGGUCUGAGCAUGUCACUGGCUCAGGCCAGAGAGAAAGCCCGUCAGAAACGAGCCGCCAAGAAAGCCCCGUCCAUGGACUGGAGCAAGAGGAACGAACUGUUCAGCAACUUAUAAACAACAUCAUCAUCAUCAUCAUCAUCAUCAUCAUCAUCAUCAUCAUCAUCAUCAUCAUCAUCAUCAUCAUCAUCAUCAUCAACUCAACCUCCCUCCUCCAGACUGGACUGCACUGCCCUCUCCAUGUGUCUGCUGUUUGGAUUCGGUUCUUACGUUGUCAUGCUGUGAUGAAAGACAGUGUUGAGCUCAUUUAGAACAUUUUAAACUCCCUCAUUAAACAGUGUUAUUUGAUGAUUUUGUUUUAAUUUAGGGGUUUUUGCCACUUUUAUCAAUCCCACACACAGGAAUGAAUGUUAAUAUAUGAAGAGAAGUGUUCAAAAGAGAAGAAGAAUAGUGAUGUACAGUUUCUCAUAUAAAAAAGGACCAUGUAAGGAAUAAUGGGGCGUAGGGAAAAAAUAAAUUACUGGCAGAUUUUGAGAAAACGUUUAAAUCUAGUCUAGUCUGUAUGUGAAUUAACUAUGUUGAAUAAUUCCCCUGAGCCCUCACUGCCAACUUUUCAUGACAAUCUGUUUUCCUCUGAAAAAAAAACCCAACAAAAUCACUGAGUGAAUUCAGCCCACAGCUAGGACGACAUUUUUAACACCAUCAGUUAUGUUAUGUUGUGUUUAAGUCUUAAGAUGGUUGAAGGGACGGUAUAGUUUUUAGAACAAUGAAUAUGUUUAUCCAAUCAUCUGUCCCUGCAGGGUUUCUGUCAUAAAUGAUUCACAGAAAUUACAUAUGACUUUUUUCAUGUUGCUAUUGUUAGAUUUGUACAUACCUGAAUAAAUGAUUUAAGAGGAAAUUUUAUUUCGACUGACACCAGGAAGGUGAAUCUCUUCAGUUGUGUCACUUCUGUUGAAAUUGCUGGAAUUUAAAGCUGCACCAGUUGGUUGAAGCGGUUACACUUCAACUUUUACUAUGUGGGAAUGUGAAGUGUGCAGAUGUACUGGUGUUAGCUCUGAGCUGUAGAAUGUAAUGAUAAGUAUUGACAAAUAUAACAUUUGGAUCAAAUGGAA